AUGAGUGUUCUUCUCAUUGAAGCGUUUUAUGGUGGCUCCCACAAACAGCUGAUGGAUCUUCUCCAAGAAGAGCUACAAGACGACUGUGUCCUCUGUACGCUGCCUGCCAAGAAGUGGCAUUGGAAAGCACGGACUGCUGCACUUUAUUUCAUGCAAACAGUGCCAACAAGUACUAAUUACAGGAUCCUCUUUGCAAGCUCGGUGCUUAACCUGGCUGAACUCGCUGCCCUCCGCCCUGACCUUGGCAAAUUGAAAAAGGUCCUCUACUUCCAUGAGAAUCAAUUGGCAUAUCCUGUCCAGAAAUGCCAGGAAAGGGAUUUUCAGUAUGGAUAUAACCAGAUUCUUUCGUG